UUCUGUGAUUCGAAAAAGAGUUAUAAAUCUGUGUAAUGCAGCAGUGAUUUAUGCAAACAAAUAAAUAUUUAUUCUAUUUUCUAAUUACAAUAUCCAAUAACUUACCGAUAUUAUCGAGUGACUUGCAUACAUAAACUUGAUUGGGAACAUGUAUGAAUAAUUCUGAACAGGUUCUGAAUGAUAUCUGCAUCUAACUCGUGGGAGUGUAAAAACUCUGAACAUUCACAGAUUGAUUAAUAUUUCUCAUUUUUAUUAUGCCAAUACAAAAUAUUGGCUCAUGUUUUGAAUGGCUCACGACCAGAAAUGAAAAUAAAAUUCUAUUUGCUGCUUCAUUCCACAUAUGCACCAUUACCCUGGUCAGUAUGUCGAUUGUGGGAUUGCCGUGGUUUUCCAUUUCAGGAGGAGUAUGUUUGGGACACUUAACAUUAUCAGACUUUUUUUGGUAUAGUUCUUUCUUAGAGGACGCUACUUCUAAAGAUGUAGAAUGUAUAAAUACAACUGUGAUCAAUAUGAUGAGAAUAACCUUAGCAUUAUGCUUCUUGAUUAUCGUAUUAUCACUUGGUGGGUUUUUCAUGAAUAUUUUUAUACCAAAGAAUUAUGUGAAUAGGCUAUUCUUGAAAUAUGCAAUUCCAGGUGUAUGCACAGGAUCAGUGAUACUAGUUAUGAUAAUUGUUAGUAUAUCAUGCUAUAUUAUUUUAAUAUUAGAAGAUUCACUAACUCAGUUAUACCCAAAAGUUACCACAGAUGUUACUUAUGGCCCUGGCUUCUACUUCUUGUCUUCCGCAGGAGUUGUAUCAUUGUUUGGUAUGUACUACACAUUGAAUAUGAUUCAAGAUUUCAAUCGGAUUUCUUCAGAGGAUGAUCAGUGCCUAAUUGAUGCCUUUGAUGAUAAUACAUCCUCUUUCAAUCACCUUUCACCACCUCCCCCUUAUAAUGUUCCACCUCCACCAUAUACACCAUAAAGGGUUUUAUAUUUAUGAGAUCACGAUACCUUGACAUUUUGUCUGAAUGAAACCAAACAAAAUUUCAAUAAUCCAUGUACAAUAUAUUGUGAUAUGAAUGUUUUUAUAGGAUUUAAUGAUCCCAAAAUUGCUGAUAUCUCACUGGAGUAUUUCCAAGUACUUAUAGCCUCUUAUCGUUUGAUACUUUGAAGUUGUUUUAUUCAUAAUUGUUACUGCUGCAUGAUAUGUAUAUAAAAACACUUUUGGCUUUCUUACAAAUCUGAUCAUUCAGGAAUGCCGAAAAUAUUUUUAUCAUUUUCAUCUCUAUGAGAUACUUAAGGAAUUUUAGAUCUUGUUGCUUUAAUAUGUACUUUUAAAUAAUGCUUUCCCAAAGAUAUAAGUUAGAAUGUGAAAUGAUUUUACUUGUAGAUAAUAAAAUUAUUUCAAACAA